AUGAAUGAAAUUAAGUGUGUAGUAGUUGGUAACGGAGCUGUGGGUAAAACAUGUCUAUUAAUAAGUUAUACCACGGGCAGACUUAUUCCCAGUGACUGCACUUCAUCCAGUUGGAUGACCGACGUUAACUAUUCCGCUAAUGUGAUGGUCGAUGGAAAGCCCUUCAAUCUGGACCUCUGGGAUACGGCCGGUCAGGAGGACUACGACCGACUGCGUCCCCUAUCAUACCCGCAAACCGAUGUCUUUCUCAUAUGCUAUUCGGUGGUCAACCCGUCGUCCUUUGAAAACGUACGGAUCAAAUGGUAUCCGGAAGUGCGACACCACUGUCCCGACAAACCCAUUAUACUGGUGGGCACUAAACUGGACCUCCGGGACGACCCCAAAACACUGGAGAAGCUUAAGGAGCGCAAAAUGGCACCCAUUACUUACCCCCAGGGCCUGGCCAUGGCUAAGGAUAUCGGCGUCGUUAAGUACGUGGAGUGCUCGGCCCUCACAGGGGAAGGCCUUAAUGAUGUGUUCAAUGAGGGCAUACUUGGGGACGGAACUGUGGGUAAAGCAUACCUCGCGAGGACAUACAUGACAGACAUCUACCCAAAUGAAUACAUUCCCAUCGUUUUUGACAGCUUUGAUCAUAAGAUGGUUGUCGACGGAGAGUCCGUUAAUCUGGGCAUUUGGCUUACGGCCGGUCAGGAGGACUACGACCGACUGCGACCCCUAUCCUACCCAAAAACCGACGUCUUUCUCAUAUGCUAUGCAGUGGACAACCCCUGGUCUUUGACAAACGUACGGAUCAAAUGGUAUCCCGAAGUGAGACACCACUGUCCCAACACACCCAUAAUACUGGUGGGCACUAAACUGGACCUCCGGGACGAUCCCAAAACACUGGACAGACUAAAAUGUCGCAAACAGACACCCAUUACACGCAGGAAGGGCAAGGCUAUGGCUAAGGAUAUCGGCGCCGUUAAGUACUUGGAGUGCUCGGCCCUCACACGGGAAGGCCUUACGAAUGUGUUCGAUGAGGCCGUACGUGCCGUCCUAUGUCCCCGGGUCAAGAGUCAGAAAUCUUGUGCUGUACAAUAA